GAAAGACCAACACUACCUUAAAACUCCUCCAAAAGUCCAAUCCACUUACAACUAUAUCAACCGGCGAUGUCUAGCUUCAACGGAAUUGUUGAAACUCUCAUCACAAUCCCCAAGAUAUUCACAGCUGAAAGGAUCAGAAACAGGAAAUCAAGAAUAGUGGUGUUUAACGAAAACAGGGGAGCGAAUUAUGAAGAAUGUCACGACACUAAAUCUUUACAGGCAUCUAGGAGAAUGGCAUUAACCCUUGCCGUGGCAGUCACUCUUUCCGGCGGUGUCGGCACCACAGGAAUCUCUCUUGCAAAAGACAAUGGGUUCUGGAUCGACGGUCCCAUUCCCAUCCCCCAAAUCUAUAAUAAGGAGAUAGCAAAUGAGGCGACAGGGACUAGAUCGUUCCUGAAGAGAGGAAUUUACAUGGCGAAUAUUGGAGUGAAAGGAAGUGCACACAGAAUCAAGAAAUAUGCAUUCGAUCUUUUAGCUUUGGAGGAUUUACUAGGACAGAAUGCUUGGAACUACGUCAUCAAAUACCUGCGAUUGAAGUCCACAUUCUUGUACUAUGAUUUCGAUAAGAUCAUCUCCGCUGCCUCACCUUCCGACAAACAGCCCCUCAUUGAUCUCGCCAAUAAGUUGUUUAACAGCGUAGAAAAGCUUGAGGACGCAGCGAAGGAGAAGAACGUUCCACAGACAGAGUCGCGUUAUAAGGAUACAGCAGUUAUUCUACAAGAAGUCAUGGAUAGAAUGGACCAAUCUUCAUGAAUCCAUCCAUCCUUCUUCAAAUGUAAUUUAUGGGUUUGCAGCGAACAGAAGAAUCUCAUUUUACUUUCCUAUUCUGUAUUAUAAUACAAUCCCAUUCUCCACUGAGAAUAUAGAAAUCUGAGAAAUGUUAAAGAUUUAACUAGAAGAAGAAUAAGAUAAAUCCUUCAAUAGUCU